AUGUCGUGGAAACUCACCAAGAAGUUGAAGGAGACCCAUCUGGGCCCUUUGAGCGCCUUUGCCCGAUCGCCGUCCACCUCGACCAUCACAGACAAGGACAAGGAAGGACAGGCUAGCGGAGCCGUCACUCCCACCACCGAGAGUGCCAUAGCCGCCUCCGAGGCCAUGUCCCAAGCUCCAGUCAAGCCCCUCAAGCCCGGUAUCCUCGUCGUCACACUCUACGAAGGCCAAGGCUUUUCCCUCCCCGAGCAGCAUCGAAGCACCUUUGCUUCAUCACACCAAGGAUCGCUAUCCUCCGGAAAUGCCCUUAACAUGGCAGGUUCCGUUAGACCCGGAUCGUCGCAGCGCGUCGCAGGUUCCUUUGUCAACGGCUCUAGCCGACCACACUCUUCUGCUGGCGGCUUCGGCUCCCUCCCCACCAACCACGGCCGAAUCUCUGGCAAGUACAUGCCCUACGCUCUCCUCGAUUUCGACAAGCUUCAGGUCUUUGUCAACUCGGUCGAUGGAAAGCCCGAGAACCCUCUGUGGGCUGGCGACAACACUCAGUACAAGUUUGACGUUUCAAGAGUGACGGAGCUCGUCAUCCACCUGUACCUGCGUAACCCCUCCGCUCCAGGAACCCGAAGCCAGGAUAUUUUCCUGGGUGUAGCGCGCAUCAACCCUCGCUUCGAGGAACGACAACACCGUGGUGAAGACUCCAAGAGCAGCAAGAAGGACCGUGAGAAGGCUGCUGCUGAGCAUAAGGAAGGCCACAGCGGUGUUGAGUGGGUUGACGUGCAAUACGGCACCGGCAGAAUCAAGAUCGGCGUCGAGUACGUCGAGACCCGGGCAGGUAAGCUCGAGGUUGAAGACUUUGAGCUCCUCAAAGUUGUCGGCAAGGGCAGCUUUGGCAAGGUCAUGCAGGUGCGCAAGAAGGACACAGCCCGAAUCUACGCCCUCAAGACGAUCCGCAAGGCGCACAUCAUCUCUCGAUCCGAAGUCGCCCACACCCUCGCCGAACGAUCUGUGCUGGCGCAGAUCAACAACCCCUUCAUCGUUCCCCUCAAGUUUAGUUUCCAGUCCCCCGAGAAGCUGUACUUUGUCCUCGCUUUUGUCAAUGGAGGUGAGCUGUUCCACCAUCUCCAGAAGGAGCACAGAUUCGACGUCAACCGAUCCCGCUUCUACACGGCUGAGCUUCUCUGCGCCCUGGAGUGUCUUCACGGCUUCAACGUCAUCUACCGCGAUCUCAAGCCCGAGAACAUUCUUCUGGAUUACCAAGGCCAUAUCGCCCUGUGCGACUUUGGUCUCUGCAAGCUCGACAUGAAGGACGAGGACCGAACUAACACCUUCUGCGGUACCCCCGAGUACCUUGCGCCUGAGCUUCUGAUGGGCCAGGGCUACAACAAGACUGUCGAUUGGUGGACCCUCGGCGUCCUUCUCUACGAGAUGUUGACAGGCCUGCCACCAUUCUACGACGAGAAUACUAAUGAGAUGUAUCGCAAGAUUCUGUCAGAGCCUCUGCACUUUUCCGAUGUGGUUCCUCCCGCGGCCAAGGAUCUCUUGACCAAGCUUCUGAACCGCAACCCUGAGGAGCGAUUGGGUGCCAACGGCUCGGCCGAGAUCAAGGCGCAUCCCUUCUUCCAUGCUAUCGACUGGCGCAAGCUGCUCCAGCGCAAGUAUGAGCCUACGUUCAAGCCCAAUGUGACGGACGCUCUCGACACGGCCAACUUUGACCCCGAAUUCACAUCAGAAGCCCCUCAAGAUUCUUACGUCGAGGGCCCAAUGCUUUCCGAGACGAUGCAGAACCAAUUCCAAGGAUUCAGCUACAACCGUCCGAUUGCCGGCCUGGGAGACGCGGGCGGUAGUGUCAAGGAUCCAUCUUUUGUUGGAAGCCUGACAGGUAACCGAUAG